CUCGAAACUUCCUUCUUUCUUACUACAAAAAUAUCCUCUUCCCCUCUCCUUUCCUUCAACUUCUUCACUGAAACACUUUGUUAAACACACUCCAAAUUUCUCUCCUUUCCUUCCUCUCAGAAUCCAUGGCCACCGCUGCCGUCUCCACCGCCGGAGCUGUCAACAGAAUUCCGCUGAGUUUAAAUGGUGCCAUUGCUGGACCCUCAGUUCAAAGCUCUGCUUUCUUAGGCAACAGCUUGAAGAAAGCAAACUUGAGAUACCCCAAUUCCAAGGUCUCUUCAGGAAGCAGCUUGAAAGUAGUUGCUGUUGCAGAGGAGAUCGAUGAAAAGAAGCAAACUAAUAAGGAUAAAUGGAAGGGGCUUGCUUUUGAUAUCUCUGAUGAUCAACAAGACAUUACCAGAGGAAAGGGAAUGGUUGACACACUCUUCCAAGCUCCUUCUGGUGCAGGAACUCAUGACCCUGUUCUUAGCUCUUAUGAAUAUUUAAGUGCUGGACUUCGUCAAUACAAUUUAGACAACAAUGUGGAUGGUUUUUACAUUGCUCCUGCCUUCAUGGACAAACUAGUUGUUCAUAUCUCUAAGAACUUCAUGAAACUUCCCAACAUCAAGGUUCCCCUGAUUUUGGGUAUUUGGGGAGGCAAAGGUCAAGGGAAGUCGUUCCAAUGUGAGCUUGUCUUUGCCAAGAUGGGAAUCAACCCCAUUAUGAUGAGUGCAGGAGAACUGGAGAGUGGAAAUGCAGGAGAACCAGCAAAAUUGAUUCGACAGAGGUACCGGGAAGCAGCAGAUAUAAUCAAGAAGGGGAAAAUGUGUGUCCUCUUCAUCAAUGAUCUCGAUGCAGGAGCUGGUCGUCUUGGUGGCACGACCCAAUACACUGUCAACAACCAGAUGGUUAAUGCUACCCUCAUGAACAUAGCUGAUAACCCAACCAACGUUCAGCUCCCUGGUAUGUACAACAAAGAGGAGAACCCUCGGGUUCCCAUCGUCGUCACGGGUAACGACUUCUCAACAUUGUAUGCUCCUCUCAUCCGUGAUGGUCGUAUGGAAAAAUUCUAUUGGGCACCUACUCGGGAAGAUAGAAUUGGUGUGUGCUCAGGAAUCUUUAGGAGCGAUAAUGUUCCCAAAGAAGACGUUGUCAAGCUUGUUGAUACAUUUCCUGGCCAAUCCAUUGAUUUCUUUGGUGCCCUGAGGGCAAGAGUAUAUGACGAUGAAGUGAGGAACUGGGCUAUUUCGGUCGGAGUUGAGAAUAUUGCUAAGAAGCUUGUCAACUCAAAGGAAGGACCACCGACAUUCGAGCAGCCAAAGAUGACCUUAGAGAAGCUUCUUGAGUAUGGAAACAUGCUUGUUCAGGAACAAGAGAACGUGAAGAGAGUCCAACUGGCUGACAAGUACUUGAGCGAGGCAGCUCUUGGAGAUGCCAAUGAAGACGCCAUAAAAAGUGGCACAUUCUAUGGUAAAGCCGCACAGCAGGUGCAUCUUCCUGUCCCUGAAGGCUGCACAGACCCAAAUGCAGAUAACUUCGACCCAACAGCUAGGAGUGAUGAUGGAAGUUGCAAUUAUGUAUUAUAAGUUCCUUUUAGCUGUUAAGUAGAAGAUCAUUUUCCGCUCUUACUUGAUUAGGAAAAUGUAUCCUGUUUGAAUGAAAAUAUCCACUGGUUUGCACUACUCUAUGCUUUUAAGCUGGUGUGGGGUUUCAGUUCUCAUUUCUUUCUUUUUUCCCUGUUGCCACAAUAUUGAGAUAUUUUGCUCGUGUUGGUAAAUAACAGACUUUGAUAUCCUUUCUCA